AUGGGUCGUUAUUGUUUUGUGGAAAGGUGCAAUAGUUCAAAAUAUAAACGUCAACAUGACGAUAAUGAUACCAGUUUGCGAUUUUUUGGAUUUCCGAGCAAUCCAAGUCUUAAGGAGAAGUGGAUCAAAGCAUUAGUAACUUUAAAUAAACAAGAAAGUGCACGAAAUGUACCGAAAAGUAGUCGCAUCUACAUUUUACACUUUACAUCAAAGUGUAUAGAACGUUUCGGUUAUGAACAAUUUCGAUUAAAAUCAAAUUCUAUUCCAUCUAUUUUUCCACGUGCCCAAGAACAAACAAUAGAAAUAUUACCAGCAACGCCAGAAAUUCCAUUGCUAAGUACAGAUGUGAUCAAUGAUGAUCAAUGCCUAAUUGAAUCGGAAUAUAUCGAAGCUAGAGAAAUAACGACAGAAAUGUCUCCAAGUAGUCAAAAUCUUGAUCCAAAAAGAAUGAACAAAUCUAAAAAUAACUUAACACCAACAAGAUAUUUUACAUUUGAAUUUCCCGCUUUUUGGGCAAAAGGCGGAGUUAAUAUCGUUAGAGAUGUCCAUUACAUCUGUUUAACAUUGCUUCAAUGGGAAAAGGGGGGAAACACUAGCAGUCCAUGUUUCUAUAGUCAAAGCCUCGACUCACCUCUUUAGCUGUGUAUAUUUGUGUCGAGCUGUGUCGUUGUAGGAA